AUGAUUCUCGAAGAAGCUGUAAUAUAAGUUAUUUCUAUAACUAGCUUGGAGUAGAAGAUGAUUAUGUCAGAUUACAAAAGAUUGCUGAAGGAAUUAAACAAAUUUCAUAAAGUUUGAAAACCCAAAAAAAUUUCAACAGUCCUUCUUUAAUCAAACAAUGUAAAUGGAAAUUACUAUAUAAGUGAUUUGUUCUUAUCCUUUUUCAGACACCACAAUUGAGAUGCUCUUAAAUGAAUGUUUUGAGUAACACAAAAGUGACCCUAAAUUCAUUAUGGCAUUCCAUAAAGCCUUAUAAGAAGUGGCUAUACUUUAAGAAUUUAGAUAAUUUUUAGGUUCUAGAUCUUUAUUCAAUAAAUAAAACCGUCAGCUAUCUCAUAAGUAUAUAAAUUUAGUUUAAUUUUAGUAAUAAUAUUACCUCAAUACUUAAAGAGUAACUGAAAUAAGGAUCAAUCCCUUUUAGCAGAGAAGUCAUAGAAAGAUUAAUAAUUGCAAAACGAUUUUCAGCAAAAUUUAUUAUACCAAUAUUUACUCUUUCAAAAGAGUACAAAUUUGAUCUGGAAUAAAUGGCAUCCAUAUUUAAACUUUUCUUAAUGCAUACUAAAAAUGAAGAAUUCUAACUUCAAAUUAUAGAUAUCUAUGAAGAAUUAAAAUUAUCAAUAUUUAAAGAUCUCGAAUGGAUUGAAGAACAUAAUUAAGAAUUAGAAGAUUGUAAUUUAUAUUAUAUAAUCUUAGAUUUCAUAUAAAAUAAAAUUAAAGUUCCUUAAAGAUUAAUCUAAAGUAAAUUGAUGCAUAUUAAAAAUAAAAACAAAAAAUUACUACAUUAACAUUUCAUUAAGAAAUGUAAUAUGAAAAGUGAAACUGAAAGUGAUUCAUUAUCUGUUAGUCCAGAAUAACCAAAAAUAAUAGAUUAUAAAACUAAGAUUUAAUAAUGGCUUUGUAUUAAAGAAACUCCUACAAUUGAUUUGGAUAAUUAUGUAUAUUUUACUAAUUCCGAAAAUCUAAACUCCCUUCUUUCUUUUAUAUUGAAUCCAUGUAAAAUUGAAAUUAUUGCAGAUUGGGUAAAUAUUAUAUUUAAUCAUUAUAGGAAUUGACAUUCAAAAAUGUAGAAACUAAAUUUAAUAAGAAACACUUUAAAAAUAUACCUAUUAAAUUAGAUACAUUUUAAAUUAUUAGAUCAUAUAAAACUGUCUUAAUAUUUUAAAAUUAAAACAAUAUUCGUCAAAUUGAUAAAUUAUUAACAACCUUUAUUGAAAUUUCAUGUAUAGAAUUUAGCUUAUAAUAGUUAGAAAAAUAUAUGAUUCCUUAAUAAGUGAUGAAAUUAACUUAAAUCUUAAUCAUUUAGUUAAUUUCAUUGAAUAAUUAAUACUUUUAAAUCCAUAAAAGAGUGCCUAUUAGAUAUUAGAAUACAAUCUAUUAUUUACCUUUUCAUUAUAUAUCUAUAACCAUUAAAUGACUACUUUCAUAGGAGAUAUGUUAAGUUUAUGGAUAGAUAAAUUUAAAUUUGGUUUCUAUUUAUAAGAAUAAAUAUGGAAAUAUUUAGAUUAUACAAAUUGGUUUAACUUUUUCUUUUAAAUUUUAAUUAAAUAACCAUAAAGAAAUGAAUAAUGUUAUUAAGAAUACAAAUCACUAAAAAUUGUAUAUAUUUUAUAAUUAAAUUUAAGGAUGGAAUAUUGGCAUUUGUAAAAUUAUUAAAAUCUCCUGAAAAAACAUAAUAAACAUAAAAUGAUUUUUAAAAUUCUGUGACUAGUCGAUAAGAACCACUAACACCAAUUGAAUUUUCAGAAGAAUAGUAAAUAUUAAAUUCUUCUUAAUGGAUUUUGGAUAAUAACUCAACAGCAAAUUAAAUAAUGGAAGAUAUGAGUUAGAAAGAUAUAGAUAAUCUAAAACACUUUAGCAUUGAAAAGAAUAAAUCUAUUAUGACAGAAUUAUAAGAGUCUUCACCUUUAAGAAUUAGAAUAAUGUAAUCAUCUUACAAUAAAGGAUUUUAUGGUUAAUCAUCUGACAUUACUAAUAAAACUCUCCUGUCUCCAAAAGGUAAAAUGCAUCAUAGUUCAGUAAGUCUACCUUCAAUAGAUAAUAAAGUUCAUAAGAGUGAAAGUGUUGAUUCUUAAAAUUGUCAAAAUUAUGCAUCAAGAUUAAGAAAUAAAACCUAUAUUAUAUCAUAAGAUGGAUUUUCUACAACUAAGUUAAUAUCUAUUUAUCCAAGAAGAAAUAUUGAUUUAUAGUUCACUCAUUUUGAAACUGCUUAAUCAAUUUUUACUUAUAAUAAACAUACAUUAAAAGGUUGUACUAGAGUAUUCAAAAUUUUAAAUGACUCUAUAUUUAAUUCACUUUAUUAUUAAGAAAAUUUAGUAAAGGAUCAUUUUUAGAAAUAACAAUUUUUAAAUUUAGCAUAGAGAUCUUUCAUAAAUGAAAGAACAAUUAUUACAUUAUUUCAAAUAUAUUUAUAUGGAAUUUUUGAUGAGGAAAGUAAAAUUCUUUAGAAAUAAUCAAUUGAAUGUGGUCUUAUAAUAAAUGAGAUUUAUAAGAAUUCAUUAAUAUUAUAAGAAAAAUAAUUAAAUAAUUUACUGAAAAAUUGUUUUAGUUAAGUUGCUGAUUUUGUAAGUAAGAAAUUAAUAGAAUUAAAUAAUUAUACAUAAAUACCUGAAUUUAAAUUCAAAUAAUAUUUAUUAUUUAGCACUUUAGUAAAUGGUUUGCAUUAUUUUGAUCUUUAUGAUCCUAAUAGGGAUGAAAGAAAUAUUUAUAAGUAUUUAAAUGAAACUGUGAUGCAUAUAUUAAUAAUUUGGUUUUUUAAUAGUCAUUAAAAUAACAUUUUCUAAUUAAAUUUUGUUAAGUAAAUUAUUUUUAUAAUAAUAGACUAAUUGCUAUCCUUUUUUCUCGUGCACCUUAAUAUUAAUUAUAAAAUUUAUUAUUCCAUGUUGGUUUAUUAACAUCUUUAUUUAAUGGAUAUACUACAUAUAAUAAAAAUGGAUGCAAAAAUAUAGAUUAUGUUGAAAGUUUAUACAUGAAUAUUAUGUAUUUAAUAUACAUAAUUAAUGCUAAUGUAUAUUAAAGAUAGCUAACAUUAUUAAUUUCUAAUUUAGAAUCAUCAGCAUCAUGGAAAGGAUUAUAAUAAUGUCUUUGUGAAAUUUAAACCAAUUUUUUGAAUCAAUUAAAUUAAUUAAUGAAAUUGGAUAGAUCAUAUUCAUUAAAAAAAAUAAAAUCUAGUUAGAAGAUUAUUUUAUAACCAAAUUCUAAAGAAUCAGUAAGAGGUAAAAAUGAAUCCAAAAAUGAUAAUUCUUAAUUAAAUGAACUUUUAAAAUAAAAGUAUUACAAUGAAUUUUAUAAUUAUUAGAUCAAUAACAAAGGAAUCAUCACCUGUUAAAUAAUAAAUGUAGAUCAAAAAACUAAUAAGAUAUAGAACUAAGAAUAGUAUUAAAGCAUGA